AUGCUGGUUUACCUGUCUUACCAAUUAUUUGGGACAAAAUUCUUUGCCCGACAAAGGAAAGGAAUUGAAAUUUUGGUUGACUAUUAUUCAUUCCAGCAUUUUAUUCUUGAAAAAAUUUGGAUCAAUCUUGGGCGCUUGCGUAACAAUUUGUACCUUCGCAUUAGUGGGGUGCCAAAGGAUGUUCCAAAGAGACCACAGAUCAUAAGUUGCCCACUUGAUGCUUGUGAAGAGCUGCCAGAUAAACCCCUACGGCUUGAAGUUGGAGUCAUCUCAUCAAAGCGAGUAAUGGAUACCCUAAAAUUCUCUGACCACAAUAUGUUGAUUGAAUUGAGCAUUGUAUCAGGAAAUGAUUUCACUUAUCCAUUCAUGAAGAUGGAAAACAAAUUUCUGUUUCACUUGGAUAUUGAAGGUCAGAAAUCCAAACUGGAAAAUAUUGUUGCCUGGGUACGUCGCUACAAAAGAAUUGAGAAUCAUCCAUUCCUUACUACAACAAUGAAACACAAUCCCAGCUUUGCUUCAGCUGUCCAACACUCACGAGAUUUCUACAACCUGAGCAUAGAUCCCAAUUUUGUCUUCAAUGAACAGCCAACUACUAACCGAGGGUUCUUAAAGAAAGUGAUUCAUGAAAGAAUUGAAAGUGGCAAUCUUAGUAGUCACAUCCUGGGAAUACAUAAUCGGUUUUAUUGGCACCGAAUGCUUGUAGAGGACAUUGAUCACUAUAAGCCUGGCAUUGAGCAUCUCCUCUCAGGCCUCCGUUCUUGUAUCUAUCGCAUGCUGCUGCCCCUUGAUGAACACACUGUUGUUGAGUACGGACAAGGAAGAAGCUUUGAUAUCAUACCAGCCACAGUUCCUGUUGCUCAUUGGAAAUGGAUUCCUCAGUUGGAUCAAGUUGAUUCCCAAAAGAUCUUUGAAAAUCUGAGAACAUUUCACAAAAUCAUGGUGCAGUUGGAACCUGGAUUACGCACUGGAAAUUGGCCUCAGAAUUGGAUUAAACGCUAUGGUCGAAGGAAUGGAUUCCUGUUUUAUUGUCUCCGCUAUUUUCUGCUUCUAAACUGGCAGCGCAAUAUUUGGAUCUCAGAAGAUGAGUUUCUCGCCCUAUUUUCUUUGGUGUUUGCCACCAAGAAUGAGAUUGAAUACCAGGAAGUGGCCAUCCCACCCUCUGCUAGGUGCAUUACCAUUUACAAUUGGUUCCAGGACAUCUAUCGGUAUGCUUAUGUAUUUUUGGGCAGUCUACUUUAUCUUCAGCACGAGUUUCCCAAACCAGAAGAAAUAUUUUCUGGAUCAGUUUGGGUUGUCUACCACCGAAGUUGUGAUAUUAAUUAUUAUCCACCAGCUUCAAGACCCAAUUUCCGUAAAGCAGUGGAUAAAGCCCGCAAAGAGAUGGACAGUGUCAUUCAUGAACGACGCCACAUGAUUCGAUAUUUGGUGGAUGGUGUAUUUUACUUUCAAGAUUAA